AGAACUGGGAAACACUGCUUUAGAUCCUUUGACUUUUCUAUACUUUUGAUCUUGUACACUGUCUAUUUAUUUUUCUCCUUUACAGCAGAGGGAGCAGAGAGACUAGCUGCAAUGCGUUCUGAUUCACUGGUGCCCGGCACUCACACUCCUCCCAUUCGUCGGAGAAGUAAGCUAGCAAGCCUGGGACGACUCUUCAAGCCGUGGAAAUGGAGGAAGAAGAAGAGUGACAAGUUCAAACAGACAUCUGCAGUCUUAGAGAGAAAGAUGUCCACACGGCAAAGCAGAGAGGAGUUGAUCAAGAGAGGAGUACUGAAGGAGGUCAACGAGAAUGACGAGCUAGCAGUGGAGAGUGAGCACAUGUUCAUGUCUGAGUUGGACAGACUGGCAGUUAUUAGUCCUGUAUCUGAAGCCCAGGAAACAAAUGGAGAAGGAACAGAAACUCAGUUGUCAGGGGAAACAGGGGUGUGUCUAGCAGGCCACACCCCAAAGCCAGCUCCAGACACGCCCCCUGCAAAAGGCAUUCCACUACCAAGUGAUGGCAUGGACAUCCCCCUGACCAAACCAUUAGUGCUAAAGCAACCGCCUGCCUUACCUCCAAAACCAUAUAGCAGAAUACCCAACCAUUUAACAGACCCUUUAGGAAAAUUCUCCCCACCACUUCCCCCCAAAAAAGUGAUGAUCUGUGAGCCGGUGCCCUCCUUCCAGCUCCGAUACCCACAGCCCUCAACCAUGCACACACACUCCCUAACCCACACACACCCUUUGCAUCAUCCCACACUCCCGCUUUCCUUCCAUCCCCCAAGCCGCAUCAUCGAGGAACUUAACAAAACUCUUGUGUUUACCAUGCAAAGACUGGAGAGUUCUGUACUGCAGGCUGUACCGUCAGUACAAAUGGAGAGUGAAGAGGAGAAGGAGAACAGAGAUGCAACGCACCAACUUCUGCCCAACGCUCACACUUUCAACGCACAUCUCACCAACACGCUCCCACCCAAUGCUCGCAUGUACAUCCCACCCACGCAUGAAGACGACGACGAUGAGGAGGAGGAGGAGGAGGAAGAUGAUGACUCUUUAUUUACAAGUAGUCUGGCUCUGAGGAUCCUGAGGAAAGACUCACUUGCAAUAAAACUGAGUAACCGACCAUCAAAGAGAGACCUGGAGGACAAGAACAUUCUGCCCAUGUUGACUGACCAGGAAAGACUGGAGUGCAGACAGCAAAUUGGCACUAAACUCACACGGAGGCUCAGCCUGAGACCAACGGCAGAGGAGCUAGAGCAACGAAAUAUCCUAAAACCACGAAAUGAGCAGGAGGAACUUGAGGAGAAGAGAGAGCUCAAGAAAAGGCUGUCACGGAAGUUGAGUCAAAGGCCAACAGUUGAGGAAUUGAGGGAGGCAAAAAUUCUUAUUCGGUUCAGCGAUUAUGUAGAGGUGGCUGAAGCUCAGGACUACGACAGACGGGCAGACAAGCCCUGGACCCGCCUUACUGCUGCAGACAAGGCUGCCAUAAGGAAGGAGCUCAAUGAGUUCAAAAGCACAGAGAUGGAGGUGCACGAAUCAAGUCGACAUCUAACCAGGUUUCACCGACCGUAGUGCUGAUUGCUGAGCAAAAGCACAGGGCAUUACCAAUGACAAAUUCACCUCUGGGAUGUACGGAGUCUAAUGUGCUGGGAUCAAACUGUGCAAGGAUUGGGACUAAACGCAGAGACUAUGUUACUAUUCUGAUCUGAUAUCAGGAGAAGAAACAGGUGCCCAAGUUCCCAAGACAACCUGACUUGCCUAGAUUCACCAAACCCUGACCAACUGUCAUGACGAAUGUGUGUGUAUGUUCUGGCUGAAGUGUUGAAUGAUAUUUUGUGCUCUGGCAGUACACUUAAAUAUUCUGUACCAGUGUUGUUUGAUUAAACAAAUGAGGUGGGUGUAAAUUUGUGCACGCGGCCCUGUAACUGGUCAUAAACCCAUUUUUGUACCCAUCUAGGUGUCAAAUAAGAAAAACAUGCAAACAUAAGAGAAUCUUAAUAUUCUAACAACACACAUCAUUUUUCAAUAUAUUUACUUAUAUACCUUAAUAUACGUUUUGUUUCCAUUUUCUGUCGAUCUGGCCUCAGUGAUGACUAAAGCCUUUUUCCACAAACAAAACGAAACCAAAAGAAUCCAGAUGUUUUUUUCUCACUCUGGCCAUAACGAGACAUUUCCUGUCUGACAGUUGCGCCAAAUAAGUGACCGAACCAAGCAAUAAUUUGUCUGUGUCCUGAAUGUCUGGUUUUGACACGUCUUAUGUUUUGAUUGUGGCUGUAAUAUUGAGUAUGAGGCACUUGCAUAUGAGCAGCUCGUUUUUACUGCUUUAAUCUGAAAAAGGCUCCAUGCAGUGCACACUUUUUAUCUUGGAAACUAAAAGUGCACCUCGGUGAGUUUGAGGAAGCAUUUCGAGCGCACUCCCGUCCAUCCGUGCGCCGUUUACAUCCGUUUACAAGAUGGAGGCCAAAAAUUCUUCAGUGAUUGUGCUGAAACAAAAGUAAUUGAUGAUGAUUACAUUUUGCUUUUUGUAUUGUUCAUUCUCCCUAUUUAAAAAAUGGUUAAGGUGUACAAUGUGUCACAACAUAAUUUUAAAUCCUUUCAGCAUUGACUUCCAUGUGGAUUUGGAGUGGUGUGUUUUGUUUACAGUCUUGCCCAAAUGCUCCUCUCCUGCUGCUAUUAGCUGAGAGAUUUAAUGAAAGGAGGCGGCGCAUGUCUUGUUUUACCUUUCUGGGUUUUUUUUCUCUCGACAAAAUGUAUGCAGUUUCUGAUGUAAAGGACACUUAAUAAAAAGAUCUGUUUGAAGUAA